CACUUUAUAUGUAGUAUAUUGGUUUUAUUAGAUUAGGUGCGCAGUUUUUUUUAAAAUAUAAAUUUAAAUAUAUAUACAAUAGAACCUCGUUUAUCCGAACACGUUUAUCCGAGAGACAAGGUUCUUCAGACAACCGAGUUUGAAAAAUAAAAGUUCAUUAACUUUCUUUAUAUUCUUUAUUUUGUUUCCUAUUUUAAUAAAACAUAAUAGCUGAGGAUAAAAGUUGAUCAGUUAUGAUUAUAUAUAUCUGAAGCUCAUUAUUAAAUUGUUCGUAUAAUCAAGAUUUUACUGUGUACGUAGUCACAGAUAUAGUUAAACGAAAUACUUGUGUAACUAUAUAUAAAAAAUUUUAUAUUCAUAAAAUCAGAGUUAAUACAAAAUACAUAUAACAAUGGUUAUAAAAUUAUAACUUAACAAUGUUAAUAAUAAUUUACGAUGAAUAAGUUUUGUCUAUUUAAUCAUUUGAAUAUAUGUAUCAUGAAUAUAUCGAAACAAAUAGAAAACGAAGCAAUACCAAGAACAAAUAUCUGAAAGUUGUUUGUUAUAAAUAAAAGAUGGCACACGUAAAUAAAUGUAUAGCAGAUACAUAUUUUUUGGAUGCAUUGAAUUUAUUUCUUGAUACACAAUGGCUUUAUAAUACUCCAGUUACUGAUUUGUUAACUGAAGGAAUACUCGAUUCAUUUCCAAAAGAAUGGUUGAAUGCUUUGCAAAUUUUGGAAAAUGGAGAACUUAAUGAUUUUGUAGUAAAAAAAAAGAUGAAGCCAGAAUGGUCAAAGACCUUAAUAACUUUUGUUGAGAAGUGUAGAUAUAUUGAUCAAUUACCAACUAUAAAUACUGUAUUAUCAAUAGAAUUACCAAAAAAUUUUCAAAUUGGUCUUAAUUGUAAGAAACAACAUGAAAUAAUGCAUUUGGCACAUUUGAUACACUUACAAUGUGCACCACAAAAUAUUAAAAUUAUUAUUGAUCUUGGUGCAGGUUUGGGAUAUAUUUGUCAAUUAUUGUACCAUUUAUAUGGAUAUAAAGUUCUUGGAUUAGAAAAAAAUCAAGUAAACAUAAAUAAUGCUCGAAAGAGACAAUUCAAAAGAUAUCCUGAUUCAUUAACACAUGUUAAAUAUAAUUAUUGUGAUUUAACAUGUAAUUCUGCUAAAACAAUAGAAACCAUAUUAAGUAAUGAAUUUCAAGAAAAGUCAGAUGUUUGUUUGAUUGGUUUACAUGCCUGUGGAGAUCUUAGCAUAUAUGCAUCAAAAAUAUUUUGCGAUAUGAAAGCAGCACGUAUUUUUAUUAUGAUUCCUUGCUGUUAUCAUAAGCUUUCAAUAUCAAAAAAUACAAAAAUAAAUGAAUCAAUUGAAAAACAAUACUUUAAUAAUUUCCCUCUAUCUAAUUGUCUUAAAACUGUAAUUAAUAAUACCAAUUUUGAUAUUGGUUCCUUUUUAAGACAGCCUUUUUUACGAUUAGCAUGUCAGGAAACAGCAGAUAGAUGGAACAAUAUGUCUAUUGAAACACAUAAUAAACAUUCUUUUUAUGUUCUUGCAAGAGCUGUCCUGCAAUUAUAUGCAACUAAAAAUGGGUUUUCUCUUAAAAAACGUACUCAAAAAGGAACAAGAAAAUCUCAGUGUUUUGAUUUUAAAACUUACGUUCGAGAUUCAUUAUCUAGGUAUAUUUUACAAUCACAAAAAGGAGAAGAAUUAAAAGAACAAGAUGUACAAGUCAAUCUUGACAUGCAUGAAAAAAAUAUAAUAGAACUAUGGAAAAUUCAUUGUGAUAAACUAAAAAUUGUUGAAAUAUAUACUGGUUUACAAUUGAUGUUACAAGCAUCAGCAGAAUCAUUUAUUUUACAAGAUCGAUUAUGCUGGAUGAAAGAGCAAGGUUUAAAAGCAAAAAUUAUUCCUGUAAUGAAUAAAUAUUUAUCUCCACGAGCAAAUGCAAUUGUAUCACAAAAAAGAUAAUAAAUUUUUGUUUUU